ACACUGAUUGUAAUUAGGCAAUGUCUGGCUCUAUGCCGGCGCCAAGAUGAGACGCAGCAGCAUCACACACACAGCAACCACGCCCACGAAUGGCAAGCAGCAAUGGCACUCUACAAAAAACCAGAGUCUGCUGCUGCUUCUGCUGCUCGCCUGCUGCGGCAGCCCGGUUCAGGUGCUUGCCCAGUGUCCCUGGCAGCGGGAUGUGCCCGAUUUGCAGACGAGCUGCAUUUGUGCCUACAAUCUGGGACGCGAGCUGAGCGUGCAAUGUGAUCAGGUGGACUUCUCACAGCUGCUGGAAGCGAUGAACAAGUACGCACGCUUGAAGCCCGUGGAUUUGCUGUAUGUGAACAAUGCAAGCAUUGAGGAGCUCGGAGACAAUGUCUUCAGCCAGCUGAGUCUGCACAAUGUGCAGCUCUCCAGCUGUGGCAUUCGUCGCAUCGCAAGUGGCGCCUUCAAGGGCCAGGAGUCGGUGCUCAAGAAUCUCAAUCUGCAGGACAAUCAGCUGGACGAGGUGCCCGUGGAGGCGUUGCAAGUGCUGUCCAAGCUCAAUCUGUUGGACUUGUCACGGAAUUUGCUCUCCCAGAUACCCGACGAUGCCUUCGCCGGUCUCAGCAAGUUGUCCACACUGAAGCUGAAUGACAACAAUGUAACGCUGGCAUCGAACGCAUUUCGUGGCCUCGAACAGAGUUUAAAGAAUCUGAACUUGAAGGGCACAAGGCAGCGCAGGGUGCCCGAAUGUAUACGCGGUCUCAAGAGCCUGGCGUUCUUGGAUCUCUCGCAGAAUGGCAUCAAGGAGCUGCCUGGUGCUGCUGGCAUACGUGUCUUUGAUGGCUUGGAUGCCCUCACGGCACUAAACAUGGAAAGGAAUCUGAUACAAAGCAUUGCGGAAACAGCAUUCGCCGGAGUGCGCAAGACAUUGAGCUCAUUGAGUUUACUCAACAAUUUGCUCGCCGAAUUUCCCAUUGGCGCCGUGCAUUCGCUGAAGGAGCUGCGUGUGCUGGACAUUGGCUUCAAUUUGCUCACCUCGUUGCCCGAGGCAGCGUUUCGUGGCAAUCCAAGCAUCACUCUCUUGGCUCUCGAUGGCAAUCCACUGAGCACUGUGCCCGAGGGCGCCUUUACCCAUUUGAAUGCCACGUUGCGAGGCCUCUCGCUGGGCGGUCGCUUCCUUCACUGCGACUGCAAGUUGCGCUGGGUUGCCGAAUGGAUACGCAAUGGUGAUUUGCAGGUCACUUCUCGCGAACGUAAUCCACAGUUUUGUGGCACGCCGCCGCGUUUCCGUGAUCGCGGUUUCUACUCCAUACAGCCGGAGGAGCUCAAUUGUCCCGAGAUUGCAGAUGCUGCGCUCCGCGGUCCCGUUGGCCUCGCCGACAAUCUGAAGCCCACGUUUCCCACCUCACCGGAUUCAGUUGAGUUCGAAACCGGUUCGGGCACAGGCACGGGAACAGGAACGGGCACAGCUGCCUCAUCGCCGGUGGCAACCAGCGUGAGCAGCACUCCGCCCACCACAACAACCACUGUGUCCACCACAACAACCACAACAGCAGCGCCCACAACUAGCUCUAGCUUAAGCACAACAGCCAGCACGACACCUCGUCCCGCGACCACAGCGGCAACAAAGUCCAUCAAAGCCCUGCCCACAGUGGGCGUCAAUGGCACCGGCAGCGUUCAAGCUACGGCCAUCACAUCGACCAGCAGCAGCAGCUCCAGCUCUAGUGCCAGCUCAACGUUGCAUACAGCAGGUGGCAAACAGGCGCCAGGCUGGCGUCAAGGCCCAAACAAUGCCAAUGGGAAUCAACACAAGCCACAGAGACCGCCGCUGGUGUUGGGUUAUCCGCCGCAGCGUGGCACACGCAUCGACGAUGCGAAUGAGGUGCAGGUGAAGCAUGCGUUCCGUCAGGAUAGUUCUGUGAUCAUUCAAUGGGAUUCGGAGACAGCGAAUAUACUCGGCUUCCGGGUCGUUUAUCGACUGUUUGGCGAGAAGGCCUUCAAGCAAGGACCGCCACUGGAGUCGAGUGAGCGUGAGUUCAAGAUUAAGAAUGUCCCCGCCCAGGAGUGCAUCAUAGUGUGUGUGAUAUCGCUGGAGGAGCUGCAUGUGACGCCGGAGACGGUGCCGUAUCAGCAGUGUCGUGAGGUGCGCACCGUCAGCUCGCAGACAUCGAACAUGGAUAAGAUAACGAUAGCGGCAAGUGCCGCCAUUUGUGGCACCAUCAUUGUGGCCGUGAUUGUCUUUAUAGCUGCCAGCAGACGCUCGCGUAAACUGCAAAAUAACCAGCAAAAGAGUCCACUGCCAAUUGGAGGUUUGCCCGUUAAUUGUUGCGGUCCAACCGGUUCGCCAGGACCACUUGGCUCCAUUGCCACGCUAUCGGCCUUUAACAAUCACAAGGAAUGGGAUCAGGUAUCGGCGUACAGUGGACGCUCGAUACCGCGACCACGCAUUUAUCCCGUCGAACAGCCCGACGACAUGCGCAGCCAUUUCUCUGGCAUGCCUGGCAAGGUGGCCAAAUCACGCUCCAUAGCCGAUGGGCAAUCGCAGCACAGUUUCUCGAACAAUUCACAUCGCGGCUAUUUGGGCAGCGCAUUCCCCACAAAUCUGGUCAAUUCCCGCCCAGAGCUGCGUCAGUCGCGUCAAUCGCUGGCCGCCGCCUCUGAGCGCAUGUCGCGUGCCUCCUACGCCGGCUCCAUACAUAACGGUAUUGGUGGCGGCGGAGGCGGUGGCAACGGCGGUGGCAAUGUCAUGGUUGGCAUGGGAGGCGGCCCUGGCAGUCUGAUGGGCAUGAGCGGAUUGGUUGGCCCUGGCGGACCAGCUAGCAUUGCAUCCAGCAAUGCAAGACGCUCGCGUCCGCGUUCCAGAUCACGCGAUCAACUGAAUACCACGCACAUACAUAACCAUCGACCGGGAAGUCGAUAUUCACAAGCGGGUUCAACGCACACGUUGAACAAUUAUUGCGAUACAUCGGACAAUUGGACCGAUCACGAUAUGGAUAUAUAUAUGGCGCGCAAUCCGACAACGCGCAACGGUUUGGUGCCAUUAUGAGGGCGGCUUAUGUUAUCCUGAUAUUUCAAUGUUGUAUUAAAUCUCGAUGGUAUUUUCUGACAAUAUCUGACGCCGGCCAUUGGCGGAGGCGAAGCAGCAACUGGUCGGCGUCAGCAUUUAAGAGUUGUUGCACAGCAGCAACAGCAGCAGCAGCAAUUGGAGCAACGACAUAGAAACAAUCAGCAACAACAACAACAGCAACAGCAACUGGAGCAGCCAUAUCAACCACAGCAGCAGCAGCAACAACAGCAACAUCAGCAGCAGCAACAUCAGCGUUUACAAUACUACAAUACACCGCAGACACAGCGCUGCACCUCGCCGCCCGAUGUGGUGCCCCGUGCAGCCAAUUUCCAUAAUAGCAGCAACAGCAACAACAGUCACAACAACAGCAACGCAAGCAAUAACAAUGAGCAACAGCUAUUGCCAACGACAGGGGCAACAACAGCAGCAACAACGGCAGAUGAGGCAACGUCUGGCAUUGUUGUUGAGAACUAUUUUAACGAAUAUGAGCGUCAGGAAAUCAUUUAUCAUCCCACAAGCAACAAUAAUAACAACAGCAACACGCCUGCAAUACGUCCACACGGCAGCAACAAGAGCAACAGCAGCAGCAGCAGUCGCAGCAAUGCUUUCCGUUUGCAGUUGCCGGCAACGACUAACAAUAUUUUAUAUAGACGAAACAGCAAUUAUUUAAUAGAUGCAACUAAUGCGCAUACAAUUAGUGAUAACUGUAACUGUACUUGUAAUUGUAGACUAAGCGAACAGCAGCAGCAGCAACACCAACAGCAGCAACCACUGUCAGCAACAACAACAACAACAGCAACGGCAAGUGACUCAAGUCGUGAUGAAGCAUCCUUGGCGCCCAGCACCUCAGUGUCAAGCAUUGAGCAAGUGCAGCCAGCCAAGUAUGAAGAGGAUGCCACAGCAACAACAACAGCAACAGUAGCAACAACAGCUGCAACAGCUGCAGCUGCGGCCUCGUCACUGAACUUGACAUUGGCUGACAUUGACACGGACUUGGACUUGGAAUUGGACAUGGACACGCUUUGAGUGCAAUAAAAUCCAACUCUUGUUGUCCUUGUUGUUGUUAACAUUAUUCGUUGUCGUCGUUGGUGUUGCUGCAAUUGUGUUGCUGAUGUUGUUGUUAUUGUUGUUGCGUGUUGUAGUGUCCUAAGCAAUUUGCAUAGAAAUGUUAACAGACACAAGAAUCAAGUUGCAUAAUUUAGCCAACUAUUUUUGUAUGCUGUUUAGAGAAGUGCAAUGAAUAUGUUAAGUACUUUUUCCCCUUUCCCUCUCGCUCUCCCCCCCCCAAUUGUUUGUGUACAUAUAAACUGCAAUUGUAUCUUGUAUCUUGUAACUCUGUACUGUAUCUGUAGCUUUCCUUGGUUCUUUGUCGCUGUGCGAGUAGUUGAUAUAUAUUUGAAAAGAAAGAGAUAGCAGAGAAAGAGAGAGAAGCAAAUGUUAAGCAAUCAAAGAACUAAAACGUAAGUCAAUAUCUUAAAAAUAUAUGGUACUAAUAUGCAAUACUUAAUAGCUCUUAAAAACGAACAAAAACUUAACUAAACUUGUUUAAGCUGCGGUUAGAUGAGACAAAAUAAUCAUAAUAAUUAAACACUUUUCACUGUAAAUAAUUAUGAGCAAAAAGUCAGAACAACAAAUAUCCACAAUUAUUUCAAGUUUACAAAAACGAGUUCUAGAAUUUUUGAAAUAUUUCUCUGUUUAAAGUCUGAAUACCUCAAGAUAAUUAUUUUAAAUAUUUGAAUUUUGCAGUUUGUCUAACCCAGCAAGAAAACCUUAGAAAAAAAUGUAAAACAUUCCAAAAGCUCUACAAACAAUUUAGUAGAGCAAAUUUACUGCCUUAAACUUAUGAGGUAUUUUUAAUUUUAUCAGUUCAAUUUCCAGUUAUUUUUCUUUUUGUAUAAAAUCUUCAGUCGAAACCUUUGCGUGCUAAGUUUUAACAAAUAAUUGCCUAAUUUAUAGUACUUAAUUAUAAUUUUUAGUGCGAUUUUAAUAAAAAUUAAACGA